UUAAAUUCUAAUUAGAGAUGCAGGAAUCAAUGAUAGGGAGGUUGGACAGCUCAGUUCCCCAGUGCCAGCCCAAUAGACGGAUGAGUUAUUGUCAUGUAAAAAGCGCCAGCAAUAAGACCAACCGCUUUGCUAUUGUCCAAGUGGAAAGAGCCAAGUUUAUUAUGAGGACUAUAUGCUCUAGAGACCUCAGACAAGGCAUCUCAUAGGAGGCUUUUUCAUAAAACUAGGCUCUGCUGGUAGUAAGGAGGCCAGUUUGGAGGCAGGCGUUGAGCUGUGCACAUCUCCCCACUCCAGCCACCUUCUCCAUAUCCAUCUUUUAUUUCAUUUUUCCACUUGGCUGAGCCAUCCAGAACCUUUUCAAUGUAUAAAAUGGAAUAUUCUUACCUCAAUUCCUCUGCCUACGAGUCCUGUAUGGCUGGGAUGGACACCUCGAGCCUGGCUUCAGCCUAUGCUGACUUCAGUUCCUGCAGCCAGGCCAGUGGCUUCCAGUAUAACCCGAUAAGGACCACUUUUGGGGCCACGUCCGGCUGCCCGUCCCUCACGCCGGGAUCCUGCAGCCUCGGUACCCUCAGGGACCACCAGAGCAGUCCGUACGCCGCAGUUCCUUACAAACUCUUCACGGACCACGGCGGCCUCAACGAGAAACGCAAGCAGCGGCGCAUCCGCACCACUUUCACAAGUGCGCAGCUCAAAGAGCUGGAGAGGGUCUUCGCCGAGACACACUACCCCGACAUCUACACCCGGGAAGAGCUAGCUCUGAAGAUCGACCUCACCGAGGCGCGAGUCCAGGUGUGGUUCCAGAACCGCCGCGCCAAGUUCCGCAAACAGGAGCGCGCAGCAGCGGCCGCAGCCGCCGCGGCCAAGAACGGUUCGUCGGGCAAGAAGUCUGACUCGUCCCGGGACGACGAGAGCAAAGAGGCCAAGAGCACCGACCCGGACAGCACUGGGGGCCCGGGCCCCAACCCCAACCCCACCCCCAGCUGCGGGGCGAGCGGCGGCGGCGGCGGCGGGCCCAGCCCGGCAGGAGCUCCGGGGGCUGCGGGACCCGGGGGCCCGGGAGGCGAACCCGGCAAGGGAGGCGCGGCGGCGGCGGCGGCGGCGGCGGCGGCUGCGGCGGCGGCGGCGGCAGCGGCGGCGGCCGGGGGCCUGGCUGCGGCUGGGGGUCCUGGACAAGGCUGGGCUCCUGGCCCCGGCCCCAUCACAUCCAUCCCGGAUUCGCUCGGGGGCCCCUUCGCCAGCGUCCUGUCCUCGCUCCAAAGACCCAACGGUGCCAAAGCCGCCUUAGUGAAGAGCAGUAUGUUCUGAUCGGGGACCCGCGGCGGUGGCGGCGGCGGCGGUGGCGGGCGAGCCAGGGCAGGGCGGGCGAGUGGGCGAGUGGGUUAGGCCCAAGGCUAUUAUUGUCGCUGCUGCCGUGGCUUUUUCAUCGAGGGCCUCAAAGAAUCGCGAUAGGAAUACCGAGAAAAUGACGUCGCCCCCAUUCCAGCCCCACUCCUACCCCUUUCCUCAACCCCCAAACAAAGCAAAAGAAAAACACUUCCCUGGCUUCGCACCUGCUCUUGGCCACGCGGAGGCCGGGGCUCCGCCUGCUGACUGGCUGCGGGCAGCGUGGCCUGGACUCGGGGCCACUCUCAGGGGGCUGUGUCUGCGUAUCGGGUGUGUGUCGGUCUGUCUCGGGGAAUGUGUGUCUGUGGCCCGAGCAGGUGACAGGGAAAGAUGGUAGGGCCACAACCAACUCAGUGACUUGCUUA